CUGACCUCUCUGCUUGCUGGUCAUAACUGCUGAUCCACACCUCUGAUUAUGAUUUGAGAUGUUUUGGGAAAGUAUGAGCAGUUUAUGUCAUGUAGGUGGCAAGCCCAUUCCUGACCUUGCAGAUAUACUGAUUUACAUCUGCAGAAGCAGUACUUCCACUCUGUCCUUGGGCAGAGAGCAGUCACGUGAGAGUAGGUUUAGGUUAGAUAUUAGGAAAAAAAUCUUCACUGUGAGAGUGAUGAGGUACUGAACAGGUUGCACAGAGUAGCUGUGGCUGCCCCAUCCCUGGAAGGAUUCAAGACCAGGCUGGAUGGAGCUCUGACAACCUGUUCUAGUGGAGGUGUCCUUGCCCACAGCAGGGGUGUUGGAACCAGAUGAUCUUUGAGUCUCCUCGAUGAUAUUAUGAUAAGUCUUAAUUUCUGAAUUUCUACGCAUUGGGAUUUUUCUUGUAAUAAUACUGCAGUAUUGUUAUACCUGAGGCUUUUUGGACAGAUUGGCAGAUAAAGCAGGUGCUGAAAGUUUCAGGCCGGAGGUUUUCCUGUGCUCUCCAUAGCUGCUGCUUGGUGCUGCCCUGAGGAAAGCAGCAUUGGGAAGGCGGGUGCUGCCCUGAGGAGAAGUGGUGGGAAGGCUGCUCCCCCUUGCCUACAGGGUGUCAGGGCGAGGCUCACCACAAGGCCUGCUGUGCUUCCUUGCACCGGCCGCCAUGGAGACCUUAUCCCAGGACUCUCUGCUGGAGUGCCAGAUUUGCUUCAACUACUACAGUCCCCGGCGGCGGCCCAAGCUGCUGGACUGCAAGCACACCUGCUGCUCUGUGUGCCUGCAGCAGAUGAGGACCAGCCAGAAGGACCUGCGCUGCCCCUGGUGCCGUGGCAUCACCAAGCUGCCUCCGGGGUACUCUGUGUCACAGCUGCCCGAUGACCCCGAGGUGAUCGCCGUCAUCGCGAUCCCCCACACCUCGGAGCACACCCCUGUCUUCAUCAAACUCCCCAGCAAUGGGUGCUACAUGCUGCCCUUGCCUCUCUCCAAGGAGCGGGCGCUGCUGCCGGGAGACAUUGGCUGCCGUCUCCUGCCCGGCAGCCAGCAGAAGUCCCUGACGGUGGUGACGAUCCCCGCAGAGCAGCAGCCGCUGCAGGGCGGCCUUCCCGCCGAGGCGGGAGCGGAGGAGCCGGACCGGAGAGGCGCUGUGAAAAGCUCCACCUGGUCGGGGGUGUGCACUGUCAUCCUGGUGGCCUGCGUCCUGGUCUUCCUCCUGGGCAUCGUCCUCCACAACAUGUCGUGCAUUUCCAAGCGCUUCACGGUGAUCUCCUGCGGCUGAGGCGGCGGGGGCUGUGCUCCCCCGCGGGUCAGGUUGGGUCGGGUCGGUGGUGGUGUUGAACAAGACAAUAUCGUGCAGCUUUCCCCAGUGACUGCAGGACGCUGUGCACCCAGGCAGUGGUGCCCGCCUGGCUGUGGCCCCCGGAGGGGUGGCAUCAGGCCUGUCGGCAGCCUGUGGAGAAAACCACAUCCCAUGUCUGGCAGCAGUGGCACUGAGGAGGACUGCAUGUGUCACCUCAACCAUUUAUCAAAGGGACUGCAACUUCACAGUGAUCUUUUUUUAUUGUGUUACAGGAUUAAAGACCUCUAUGUAGCUGGUUAUACUGUGAUGUAUACAGUACGGGCUCUUCUUUAAACAGAGUAUAUUAAAAUCAAAACUGCUCCACGUAGAAUUAAAUGAGAACUGGCGCACAACUGUAUGAGCUGUUCAAUACCAGUCCACACAUGCAUUAUUUUUUAAUGAGGGGAGGGAGACAGACUUGUAAAACGGAGAAAUCAUGUAGCUGGUAAAGCAUUUUAUAUGUUUUAAACAGCACAUUAAUUAAACCAAGUUACGGAGUUGUACAAUAGAUUUUAAAAGGUAGCAUUUUACAAGCAAUUA